GCCUCACUUCUCGGGCCUCUCCUUGGCGUGCGGGAGAGGACUGUCGGGGGAAGACUUUCUCUCUGCUGCCCGACACGCGGAACGCAAGGGCUUGGGCUUGACUGACCUGGCGAGGGGAAGAGUUAGAGGGACGGACGAGGGAGGGGACGGGUGAGCGGACGGCUUCCGGGGGAACGGCGGAAGUUCAGUUCCUGGAAGGGACUGAGUUGGACUGCGGGGACCGGGGACGCCGGGGGCCGGAGCACAAGCGGACGGCGCUGUCUGACGGCCGGCAGCUGCUGCUUGUGUGCUUUCGUCGGCUCAGCGUUGAAGUGUGGGCGUCCAGCCUGGCGACGUGGGGGUUUCUCGGACAGCACCCGGAAAGCGAGGGCCGGAAAUAACACGUCGCGUCCUGGCUCCGGAGCCUGCCAGUCCGGGGGAUCUGGCGCUGUCUGCGGCCCUGCCCGCCCUGGCCAGGACCCAGCAUGUCUCAGGCCACCAAGAGGAAGCACGUGGUGAAGGAGUUGCUGGGGGAGCCCGUGGUGCCCUCGGAGCAGCAGCAGAUCGUGAGGGUCCUCCGGACCCCCGGGAACAACCUGCACGAAGUGGAGACGGCCCAGGGGCAGCGCUUCCUGGUCAGCAUGCCCUCCAAGUACCGGAAGAACAUCUGGAUCAAGAGAGGAGACUUUCUCAUCGUCGACCCCAUCGAGGAGGGCGAGAAAGUGAAGGCUGAGAUCUGCUUCGUGCUCUGCAAGGACCACGUGCGCUCCCUGCAGAGGGAGGGGCGAUGGCCGGAGGCCUUCUCUGCAGUGGCGGAGGACCACAGCAACAGCAGGAGCAGUGCAGCUCCUCUAGGGGUUUGGGAAGAGCAGUGGAAGGUGGCCCACGUGGGAGUCCGGAUGACGCCCAGCCCGGCCGCGGCAGCCAUCUGGGGAGUGACCAGAUGUCUGUCUCUGUGGCUCUGACUUUCAGAUAAAUCUCGGGGGACAGACUCAGCCCGAACUCCCAGCCGAGCCGCACUCGCAGGAGUCCAGCUCUGAAGACGACUCUGACCUCUUCGUCAACACCAACCGCAGGCAGUACCACGAGAGCGAGGAAGAGAGUGAAGACGAGGAGACGGCCUGAGGCCAGGGAC